GGAGUGCUUUUUCGUGCGUCCCAUUUCGGGUGGACUGAACGUGUUUCGGUUCAAUUUUCAGUUAGCAGCAGGGAAAAAGGAAGUUUCGUGUCGUGAGAAAAGAGAUCAAUCCUGAAGUGCUCCAGUCCAGUGUUGUGUGAGAUGAGCGCGAGAUAGUUUCGAUUUUUAGUGGGUGAAAACGACUUGCAGAUCAGUUGUGCAGUUUUGGGGGAAAAUUCGUUGGUUUGUGCUACUGCCAGAAAGUGAAGUUGAAUUUUUUCUUCCUAUUCCGUGUUAAUAAAGAACAAAACAGCAUAGGUAAAGGGAAUGACUUCUUUUUGUUGUGACAAUGGUUUACGUAAUAAAUUGAAAAGUAGGACAAUUUAAACCAGAUCCAUCUCGUACACAGACCUAACAGAGCUCUUUGCAAACGAAAGGAAAUUGAAUUAGAAUUCAUUACCGCACAAUGAUGAAAGCGUAGACGAUGAAGACUGUACGAAGCAAGUGAAAACUAGUGAUUGCUAAUCAAGAUCGUGGAAAGGGUGGAAAAUGUCUCCAAUGGACCCGGCUGCGGGAAAGGACAACAGCGUGUCUAUUCUGUUGAAGGCAGUUGCAACCGCAGGAGGAGCCGCUGCCAAUGAAUCUCGUAUGUGUUAACGCGUUGGAGGUGGAGGAGCAGCAGCAGCAGCAACAACAACGACAACAACGUCAGCAACCGGAUACACGGUGUUGCCGUGCAGCAAGGAACUUUCUACGGCGGACGACGGCUACCGGGGGUCACGGUGCGUCAUAGCACGGCCGAUUCUCUGCUAGCAACAGUCCGAAGCUAGUCGUUACCCGAGCCCGACGUAGACUAAUGCAGUGGAGGAAGUUUGCACGGCUGAAAACGACUGGUACUGGACAUUCGCGUACGCGGAGAAUGCUUUGCUGUGGACGCAGAAAGGAAAAUGGAAGAUCAGUGCCUGACCUCACCGCAAGUCCGGGCCGCGCGCCGCCCGGACCGAUGCCCGCCCAUCAGCAGGGUCAGGGCAUGCAACAACAACAACAACAGCAGCAGCAGCAUCACCCCCACCAGCAGGGCGGCGGCCACAUGCAGCAGGGCCACCGGGGCAUGGGUGGUAACAACAAGGAACCAGUAUUACUACAGGGUGAUUUCCGGAAGGUGUCCGGCAUCAGCUCGGAGAUCUUCCGCCAGAUCGAAGCGGUGGAGAACGACCAUGAUCCGAGCACGGCAGCGGCACUGGAGGCGGUGGAGCGGCGCGGCGAAAUGAUAGUUCGUAUCCUGGAGCCCCGCUGCAUGGGAAGCAGACAGGCCGUCGAAGCAGGCCAGAAGUUUCUCAACAAGGCCGAUGCACGUCACUCGGUACAGCUGGUGGAAAUCGUGAAACGACCCGGACAAACGCUGGGGCUGUACAUCCGCGAGGGAAACGGUGCGGACCGGUCCGAUGGGGUGUUCAUCUCCCGGAUAGCGCUGGAAUCGGCUGUUUACAACAGUGGCUGCCUGAGGGUAGGGGAUGAGAUUCUCGCCGUCAAUCUGGUCGACGUUACACGGAUGUCGUUAGAUGACGUGGUGAUAAUUAUGUCGAUUCCAAGACGUCUCGUUCUGGCUAUCCGCCAGCGUCGUGGUUCGCGCGGAGCAAAUUCUCCAGGGCCGCACCAAAUGUCACGACCGGAGCAUAAACCACCACCAGUUGUGGUCAUCAAGCGUGACCUACGGGAUGAUGAUUUGGACGAUUCGGAUAGGGCGCCACGUUCCUCGAGAUCUUCGAGGGAACGACGAACCGGGGAUGGUCGAGAGAUGACCGAAUCCCGUUCACGGCUAGGACUGGGCCUAAAUAAUUACAGUCCUCAGAGUGAACAGCUAGACUUGUAUUACAAUAGUCGCACAGGCCAACCAGUGGAAACACCGAGCUGGGGCUACAAACCACCGCCUCCACCAUCUGUCAUCACCGAACAGCCGAAGGGUAGUCAUGGCUUUCAAACAUCCCACUCGUAUUACCAGAACGCCGGGACACUGGAGAGUUUAGCCGAGAAGGUACAUGCCUUCUACCCAAGCAGCACCACUAGCCGCCGAUUGUCCGCCGGAACCGGCGUCAGUAUGUCGCAAUCCCACCAAAGGUUUCCGCGCAGUGGCUCGGAUCAACAUCUGCCGCGGGUAGAGUACGCCGAUUACGCAUCGCUCGGAAGACACGCUCUGUUACGGUCUAGCCUAAAGACUGAUCUUGUACAAGCGGCUCCUAUCGCAGGUGGUACCCUCGGUCGUUACGGACGUUACGAUCCUCCACCGUCAUCACGCACACCGAAAUAUGCUCCAUCGCCAUUGGGUGCCACCGGUUCUCUUCAGCGGCGCUCCCGUCCGGCAUUGGAUUACUCAAGCGAUACGGAAGCAACGAUUGGUCCCCGGCCUAGCUACUAUUACUACAACCACCCGGCAAUGGCUGCUGCAAUUCAACGUGGUAGCACACAAGCCCUUGGAGGUGGUCCCGAGUUUGCCAAAUUCAAUUCGUUACCACGCGAACGGCCCGGCUCCCGAAUGGGUCUCCGUAGUAGGAUUGGUGAACGCCUGCAGGAUGAAACCGAUGGCAACUUAUCCGCUCCCGAGUACUCACUACCCAUUCGAAGGGAUCCUCGUGAUCUACGCCAGCGCAUCACCGCAAGCCCAUCGAUCUUCACGUCGGACGAAUACCGAGCCUGGUUACGACGAGCUCCCAGCAGUUCUGCUAUCUGCGAACAGAUGCGAGCUUCCCGUGAUAUUCUGAAUCAGCAACGAGCGCAUCGUUUCUCCUGUUCAGCAGAGAACAUUCACGAUGUCCUGAAGAACACCGAACACAUAUACAGUAGCCGAACCGGUCUAACCGGUGGAACUCUUGAUCGGCAUAACCUAACGGUAGGCGGUCCACGAAUGUCAUCACUGCCAGUACGAUCCAUGUCUUCACAGCACAUCGGACCGUCGUCCAUUCGAUCGCCGAGUGUUCGUCGUAUGCGGCAACUACUCGAACUGACCCAGGGUGGCCACGGUGUACCGGGUUCGGCUAUGGCAGCACUAACCGGUCACCAAAGCCCAGCUCCGACACCAAGCACAACACUGCCACGAUCCCAUCGACAGAUCGAUAUUAAUCCGGCUGAAUACACCAAGUACAAGCUGGACAAACCGGUGGUGGACGCCAUCGGAAUGUCCGGAAUGUUGUGGAUUCAUUUGCUGGCGGGUCGUGGCCUACGAGCCAUGUCCGAAACAACACAAACUCAGCAACCGAUGAUACGGGAUCUGUACUGCGUGCUGGAAUGCGACCGAAUUCAUAAAGCUCGUACAGUGGUCCGUUCCGGUGAUUUGCAGUUUGAUUGGGAUGAGUCAUUCGAGCUGGAUCUGGUGUGUAACAAACAGUUGGAUGUUCUGGUUUAUUCAUGGGAUCCGCAGCAUCGGCAUAAGUUGUGCUAUCGGGGUGCACUAUCGCUCACCACCUUGCUCCGACAAUCACCGAUUCACCAGUUGGCGCUGAAGGUGGAACCUCGAGGUACGAUCUAUUUGCGCCUGCGGCAUACUGACCCAUUCCAGUUGUAUCGACGUCGAGGAUUGCCCAGUUUACGAACCAGUGUUCCGGCAUUGUUCGGAGCUGAUUUGGAAACGGUGGUGACGCGUGAAUCCAAGGGUGCUCCCGGAAGUGCUCCAGUUCCUAUCAUUCUGCGUCGCUGCGUAGAGGAAGUUGAACGGCGCGGCCUGGACAUUAUCGGUCUGUAUCGGCUGUGCGGCUCGGCUACCAAGAAGCGUUUGCUAAGGGAAGCCUUCGAGCGGAAUAGUCGAGCAGUUGAGCUGACACCGGAUCACGUGCCAGAUAUCAACGUAAUUACUGGUGUUCUAAAAGACUAUCUACGUGAGCUUCCGGAGCCAUUGUUUACCAAGUGUUUGUUCCAGAUGACGGUAGAUGCGCUAGGUAGUGUUUGCUUGCCGGAUGACCCAGAAGGUAAUGCCAAGUUGAUGCUCAGUAUUUUGGAUUGUUUACCAAGGGCAAAUCGGGCGACACUGGUUUUCCUGUUGGAUCACCUAUCGCUGGUGGUUUCAGCUGCGGAACGCAACAAGAUGUCUGCCCAGGCCUUAGCUACUGUUAUGGGUCCUCCGUUGAUGCUGCACUCAUCUAGCGCCGGUCCCAACGAAGAGAUCGAUCACGCACAACCAAUUGCAGUGCUUAAAUAUCUGCUGCAGAUCUGGCCACAGCCUCAGCAUGGCACCGGUCACGUGGGUACUUCAGGUCGGCGCGGCGAGCCAGUAGAGCCGCGUGGAAACAAAGCCAGUGCGUUGCAAGUGGGCAAACCACCGGCGCCUCUCCCGUCCCUCCCGUCGGCCAGCAGCUUCCAUCAGCUCCAUCAUCAUCAUCAGCAGCAACAACAAUCGCAUCUGGCCCCGUCAGCAUCAUCCUCCCUGUUGGUGGGGACGGCAGCGGGGGCUAUGUCCCGUUCAGCAACCAGCAGUCCAUCAACAGCUUCCUUCCAACUCGGUCCGCAUCCGCUCUUAGCCACUCCCAGCAAUCUACAGUAUCAAUCAGUAGUGGCUCAGUUAGCUCAAUCCCAUCGAGCCUCGCCACAAGUGGGCCAACAGCACCAUCUAUUGGAGGCCUCAGCGGCCUCGGCGGAGCCCGGCCAAUCGCCACAUCACGCCACACCCUCCCCAAGCUCUAGUUCCACUUCGUCGGCAUCUGGAUCAGGAUCCGGCACGGACACCAUUAAACGUGGAGCAUCACCCGCCUCGGUUAAGUUUAAAGAAUCCAGCAGUAGCUACUCGCUUAAAUCAGACACCAGCCGCAUCCUGAGCAGCACCAGCAGUCUAGUGAAAAAGUAUGCCAGCAGCAAUAACGGUGCCGAACCCGUUUCCAACGGCGGUUCCUCUACGUUCGAUCAUCCUCCCGCCGUGUCACCCCACCAGUCACUGCUCGGCAAUGGAGGCAACGGCGCUCGGAAACGGGACAGCAACGGCGUCGGCCCCAGCAUCAUCACCAGUAGCAGCAACAAUAAUGGACCAAAUAUUUCCUCAUCAUCCGAUCUACAGUAUCCAUCCAGAAGUGUUCUUUUCACCUCGGAUAGCCUGUCAACCACAUCGACGUCACCUCAGCCAACCACCGCAGUGGCUACGACAUCGUACGGAAAAAUUACCACCUCGUCAUCCUCCUCAGUACCGGCGGUUCCAGCUUCCUCGCUAGACGUCGUCACGUUCAGUUUGGACGAGAAGAACAACCUCGUGGUCUCACCGUCGCCUUCGUCCGCAUCGGAGUCUUCGCAUCAUUCGUCGAAUUCAUCAUUGCGGGAACGAUCACCACAGCCAUCACCGUCACCACUGAAACGGCAGGAUCCAGUAGAGCGUGCUGAUAGCGCUGGCUCUACAAGCACUGGUUCAACUGGUUUCAUGUCGUCGCUACGAAGUCAAACUCUCGGCAGCUACCAAUUCCCAUCGAGCACCCUGAAGCUGCCUAGCCAGCAGAGCGCGGAUCCUGCAGCAGAUGGUAGCACCUCGUCGUUGCUUCGCAAACUCACAACGUCACUGUCGCGGUCGAUCACCAGCAAUACAGGCACAUUACCAUUAUCGUUAGGUAGGCAAGGCGCAAGUAGUUCACUAUAUCAGCAAGACUAUUCCGGCAGCGGAAACGUCAGCAGCAGCAGUAGUGGUAAGCCAACGAGUGCUUCUCUCAAUUAUACAAGCUCGGGGGGUAAUGCUCUGAUAGAUAGCAGUAGCAGCAGCAGUGCAGUCACGACAGCUGCCGCGAUCAGUAGUAUGAGUAUCUACGGAACGCUUCCGAAGAAUUCUUCGAUUUAUUCGUACGGUGGUACAUCCUCGAGCCUACUCACGGGAACAUCUAGCUCGUACGGUAUCAAUGAUCGAUUACGAGCAUUGACCGGAGUCUCGACGGAGGGUUCCAGUGGGUUAGGAUCUAGCGUGACCGGCGGAAGUACCUCGGUAAGUUCCGCUGCAGAUAGUGGAGCAGGCUCCAGUGCUGCCGAUCUAGGAGCGAGCGGGUAUGACUACGAGUCAUCUGGAUUCUCAUCCACUGGGUUGACCUCCUCGUACGGUACGACGGCGUCCUCGGGUUCGAUGACCACUUCGGCAACUUCCGGACUUUCGUCGUCGUAUUUCAGCACCGGCAGCGGUACUAGUCCGUUCGGUACAACAAUUGGGACAAGUGGGCUAGGGGACGCCGGUUCUGGUCCUCCUACAUAUAGAGUGCAAUAUUCGUCGACCAAUCCAUUUCUACCUAGCUAUAAUCCACCGAGCGACAAUGGCAGCAGCCUGGCUCACGGUGCUAGCGGUCGCAAUGGUGGACUGAAAUCGUCGGACGAAGAUGAUUCGUUCGAUAUGAAGUAAAAGGGGCAAUCUUGAUAUGAACAGUAUUAUACUAGUAGGGGCGUAGUUUGCAAAAGGUUUUGCUUCCUGUUGUCAGGGCAAUUGUACCGGCGAACUGUAGGACGCAAUGAUCUACAAUCAAGUUUAAGUUUUGUACAAGAAAUGUUUCCGGAAAUAAUGACGCAACAAUCAAACAAACGGAACACCCAGUCUUAUUGUUUUCAGGCCGACGUUUUUUGAGGAGUUUUAUAUUGUUUUGACAACUUAUACUGAACAGUGCGGGCGCGUGUUUUUACGCGUACGACAAUUACAGGUCAUUCAAGUUCUAUCAGUAAUAGAGCGCUUCGUGUUUGUACCCAUUAUCAAAUAUUGACCUGACACAUGUUUGAACCUGUAAGAAUCAACUUUUAGAGCGAAGACAAACCAAAAAAAAAUGUUAGAAUUAUUACUAAACGUGCAUUCGAUACGCUUUACUUGUCAUUUGAGUAAUGAAGAAACGACUAGCUUAAAUGUAAUCAUAACUAAACAAACGGGGAAAUUGCGAUGUCAUAGAAAAAGAAAACCAAAAAAAAAACACUCAUAAUCAUACAACUAACAGUAUAUACAACCUCAAGAAUCUAGCGAACCGUUCACGUCAAAGACAGGAAACUAAAUCUAGGAAACAAAUUUGAGUAGAACAAAAUACAACCGAAUACAAUAAGACGAAAGAAACAAGACUUACUUAUACAUUGCGCCAGUGGGCGGUCAACACAAAAGUGAAAACGAAGCAACAAAUAAAUCGCAUUUUCAAACCAAUCGUAAUAUUCGUAACCGAUGUCAAGAUCGGAAGCUUUUAGAAAUGAGGACUUCCGGGUUUUUUUUCCUUUCAAAUCUUUACACUAAUCAUAAUCGAACCAAUUUCUCUUGAAUUUUCAGAAGCAAAAAAACUCAUCAAUCAAACGAACAAAACACGCGUAAAGAAUUUAAAACAUUAGCUCUAACCGUUAAUCAUGUUCUUGUAGCCUGAAGCAAAUAAGUAAAUUAACUAUACUACACACAACACUCACACACAGCAGCUUCAAGCUAGUUAGACUUUCCCUGAACCACAACCACUAUUUAGCACAAUUUUCAUACGAGUAACUAAAACACAUCAUCAACACUCCAAAUCGUUCAUAAUCAGUGUACCCAGAACCAAGUAAAGUAGAUAAGACAAGACAUCAGAAAACCAUGUAAUCGCAUACUAUAAACGCAAAGUAAAUUGUUUUAUUCGUUUUUUUAAGCCAAACAAGGACUGCAUGCCUUACACAGAAAUACGAAGCUGGUAUGCGCAUACCAUUCAGUGUCCAUUGCUUGUAAAUAGGGUUAGGGAAAAUCGAAUUAUGUAAGGCACUGAGUGGCAGGGUACUCACUUAUCGGCACGCUCGUCCCUUUGAUUUUGGCGGUGUUCUUACGGGUUACUAGAUGAAUCGUGCUGGCGACUGGGAUGGGUGCGAUGGGUUUGUAGUUUCCUGGAAUUUAGCAGCUGAAUACGAAAUUGUUUCUUUUUAUGUUUUAUUUAUAUUACGUAUCUUGCGAAGAAUAGUGGGAAAAAAGGAAAGAAAUUGAUUAGAAUAAGUAGUUUAAUAGGGUAAAAUGAUCCUGGCUUACCUUGGUUUGCAGGGAUGCCAAGUGAUUUUUUAGAAAAAUUUAAUAGAUUUUUUAAAAAAUCAGGAACGUAUGGAUGACCUUUUUCUGGAGAUUAAUUGUAAACGCAACACAACUGGCAACACGGAUAAUGCACGUUGUUCAUUCGCACAUCCCAUACGUUUUUCCCACCAUCGUUAGUGAGAUUGUGCUCACAUAUGCUUGUCCAGAUCCAUCCAUGAUCCAUGAAGAUGACAAGCUGAGGGGACGGUCGAAAAAGAUGCUGUGCCACAACAGGUGAUGCAAAUUGAUGCUUCCUACCGCUCCUGGUACAGUUUGUUUAACCGGUUAAUUCGGUAAAUCGUGCAAUGUUCUGCUUUGAUCACUACUGAGGUUUCAUAGAAAGGUAAACAUUUCUUCCGGUCAGCAUGGUUUUUAUCCAGGUCGAUCUGUUACAACCAAUCUGCCCGGUUUCACAUCAGUUUGCAUAAAUAACAUAGAAAAUGGGAAAUAAGUAGACGUUAUACACUGAUCUCGAAGCUGCAUUUGACAAGAUUAAUCAUCUUACACUUCUGUACAAGCUAUCCAGGCUAGGUACAUCGGACAUUAUCCUGCAAUGGUUUAGUUUUCUACUUGUGUGGAAGAUAGCUUUGUGUUAAACUCGGGCCGUUUACGUCAGUGGUUCGAAAAAAAUCCGUCGUUCCACAAGGUAGCAGUCUUAGACCCUUGCUAUUCGCUUUGUAUUUCAACGAUGUUGCUACACACCGCUGGGAAUCGACGGCCCUAUUCUGCGCGGCGUGUGACGUGACGUGAGACGACUAAUCUCACCUCACUCUACGUGACUUUUCUCACCUGAUUCUGAAGUCACUUCCGGUGACGUGAGACGCCUAUUUAACCGCAAUGGGGAAUCUCACCUCAUCCGAGUCGACUCUCAGAAUCGGGUGAGAAAAGUCACGUAAAGUGAGGUGAGAUUAGUCGUCUCACGUCACCCGCCACGCAGAAUAAAACCGCGGUUGCAGAAUUUUUCUAUACUGAUAAUUUGAGAAUAAGUUGGUUUGACAUAAACCUGAUGUCUCUCAGCAUCAAUAAAGACGUGGUGAUAAGCUUGGUGGUGGUUGGUCUAACAAUUGUUGUGUUGAACCAGUGAUUGUAUUCGUGCCCGUCCGCGUUGUCUGAACGCCAUGCAAGCUCUCUUGAUUCUGAAAUCGAUGUGGUAUAUUUAGUUUUGAGUCAAGAAUUACCUCAACGUACUUGACAACUUGAUCUGCGACAAUAAUUUCAGAGUUAAAGAACUGCAACGGACGAGCUCCGGUUGUAAUUCAUUGUUACGUGAAAAACACCAUUGAUGUUUUACUUGGAUUAACUAAUAGUUCAACACGAAGGCGCCAUUGCUCAACAACACAUAAGGCUGGCUCUAUCAAAUCAAAAAGUAUAUUGUUGCCAAUACCGGUGAUCGUUAGAUGAUAAGCAUAUGUCGGAAACUCAAGCUUAGUAAGUUUCCUCACUAAACCAUCGGUGACAAGCUUCCAUGGAGUGGUGAUAGCACACCACCUUGAGGAUAUCCUACUGUCUGUCUACUCAGUUUCUUUGUCUCAUCUUGUCCUAACGAUGAGCACAGAUGUCGCUUGCUAAGCAUUGUGUGUAUCCAGUUCGUUUUUUUAUUUUCGUAGUGAUGAAUUAGCUGGGCUCGUUCGCUCAUAUGAGUGAUGGAUGCAACGCCUGAUUGCUGCACAAUGUUGAGCUGGAAACCCUGAGAAUCCUGAGCAAGAUAGCGUCAAAAUACUGAACAGGAUUCAGUUAGAAUUUUGAGUAGGAUUUUGAUCAGAACUUCCACAAAGAUUUCAUUAGAAUUUCUACCAGAAUUGUGGCUAGGAUUAUACCAGAGUCCAGAGAAAGAUUCCAUAGGAAUCCAUGAGAAAGAUUUCAUUAGAGUAGGAUUCCUCCAGAUACGUGAAAAAUAUUUCGCCAUAAUCCUAAGAAGAAUCUGAAAGAUUCCAUCCUAAUCCGGAAUAAGAUCAAGGCAAUUCCGGAGAAGCGUUCACACAGAAUCCUGAGCAGCAGUUCCUCAGAAUCCUGCGCAGGAUAAUGUUAAAGAGUCACAGAAGCUUUUCGUUUCAGUAAAAUUAGGCAUUGUCAAUGGUUGGAAAGUAACGCUUCGUGUCAAAUUUUACUCAUCGGCUAACUUAGAUUCCGACGAAUGUUAUUCAUCAAUCUCCAAAUUGGAAAAUUUGGAUUGCGCUUCCAUAGCAAACAGUUUCAUAUUAUUUUUAUAUCUCAACCAGCCAGUCAACCUGCCCAGAUGAUGUUCCCUCGAUUUUUAUCAAAAAGUGCAUCAGCGGGCAUCUUGAACCACUUCGGCGACCAACACGGUUUUAUGCUUAAACGAUCGACAACGACCAACCUGCUCUUGUUGACAAUAAAUGUAUUCGAUUGAUUCGCUGACGAAUUGCAAACCAAUGCUAUUUACAUGGUUCUAUCUGCGGCCUUCGACAAAAUCAAUCAUGAUAUCGCAAUAGCGAAGCUGGACAAACUAGGUAUUCAUGGACAACUGUCUAUCUGCACCAUUCUUCGCUACAUCUGGCAUCCCACAAGAAAGCCAUCUCGGUUCAGUGAUAUUCCUCCUCUACUUUAAUGACGUCAAUUUCAAAUUACCAGGACCCCACCUUACAUUCGCCGAAAACAUUUCUACAAAUACGAGUUCCAUUCAGGAGAACCAACUAUGGUCGUCUGCAUGCUAUUACCAAACUUCAGCGUAUUUUUAGUGUGGUAACGGCUUUGGCUUCAACCUGACGGUGAAUUCGAUAAAAGCUAAAAUAUUCUCUAUUCUGAAAUGUAAUUAGUUUAAGCAACCACCAUUGGGACAAAUAUUCUAAUAUAUACCUGGUUUCGUCAGAAUUUUGCUGCUAAUCUAAAGCUGUUAUAAGCUAACCCAUCGCACCCCCUCCCGCAGAGCCAGUCGAGGAAAAAACAAUCCAAACUCAAUUCCGGUUCAGUGCCAAGGUAUUCGCUACAGUCACGGAUUACUCACAGUUAUCGUACAUAUUUGUCAAUUUAAUUGAAGUCUCACUUUCAAAUGAGCUAGAGGGAGAUCGCGAAACUAACCGAAGCUCGGUACUAAUAUAAUCCGACUACAAGUCAACGUUUUAACCAACACUAAAUGCAUUCCUAAUCGAAAGUGAACAUUUGAAAAACAAAAACACGUUUCCGUCAUUUAGAAGUUGACUACAAAACCGUCAACACUAAUCGUUAAAUUAGUUAAACCUGUAACUGUUACUUCUCAGCCUCGAGUUGUCACGGUUACCAAUUGGAUUAUACGUUUUUAUCGUUCUGCAUCUUAGCAAGCGAGGUUGUCAGUUUGUUAUUGUUCAUUCCUUUCAAGUGAAGUGAAAAUUUAAGGAACUGUACUCCUAUCCGAAUCGGUGGACGAACCGCAGAAAGGAUAUUAUAGCCAGGUCAGAAUCUUUACAUUACAAUGUAAAUAGUUCUCGUUCGUUAUACGUUUUUAGUGAAAAGACAUGUAUUUAGAAUUACUCGUGUUGAACUGAAUUCGAUAUAGUUUAGAUAAAAUUAGUAUAAAUUAGCCAUUAGUCAGAGGUGGCAGAGAAAAAAUUUCAUUUGUCAUUUUUUCACGUGAUGAAUGAAAGAAAUUUAUUUUAACAAAUUAUAAAGGAUAACUUAACUUUUUUCGACACGGCAGAGCUGGUUGCGCUUUGUUACAGUUUGAUGUUUCAUUUCACUUUCAUGAAGCAUAGCGAAAAGCACUUUUAGCGUCCGUUCCUGGACCCUUUAGCAAUCGUUACCGUCAACUAGCGAAUCAGUCUUAAAAACGAAAUUAUUUCCAGCAAACGAGCUGGAGCUUUUGUUUUAGGUUUUAAAAAAUCUGUUUAAUCCGCCUUCGUCGAAUAUUGCACUCGUACAGUAUAGCCGAGUUCACCCACUUACACUAAACAAGUAAAUAUUAAAUGAACCGUUAACCUCGUCAACAAAAUAAGCAAAUGGAAAAAAAACAACAGUUAAACAGGAAACCACAACGAUUUUUUGUGCGAAGAAAGCCGGAAGCCAUCGUCGUAGUGUCUCUCGAUAGAAUUAAAAUCCGAUUCUGUCAUCAUCAGCGUUACCACGUCGUGUGUUUGGACAAAUGAAAAGCGUUAUACUCUCAACCGUAAUACUCAUACUACUGUCAGUAUCUCUCGUUCAUCCUCUCUGGGCUUGUCGUUAUAUCACUGUUUCAUAUCGUAGUCAUACAUGCAAUCUAGAAGCACACCAUGAAAAAAAAAAUUGUAACUGUAAUGAAUCCAGCGAAGCGAUUUGAUUUAAUUUUGUCACUAUUUUUCUUUUCAUACUCGAAAUCUCAUUGUUCAUACUGAAAUUUGAUCGAAAAUAAGUCUUUUUUGAGAACCCAGAAAAAUUACAUAUAUUUAUAUCAAAAUUUAUAUUAAACAAAGAUAUUAAGAAAAAUCUGCUAUACACACACGUACAUAUUUAGAGUAAUCAUCAAUAUUUGAAAGUAUUUACAAACAUUAAACAAUCUAUCGAAAACCCACGAACCAUUCUAAGCAAACCAAGGACAGACGUUCUGUCCGACAAGCAUACCGAUUGACAGUCGUUCCCAUCGAGAGCUAUUUCGCUACGCCUACUAGCAGCUGGGUAGAAACCAGUGAAAAGUUUCUCGCAUAACAAAACAAAUAUGUAUGUACUGCAGUAGUAUUACAGCCUACUGCAAAACAACACAAAACAACCGUAUAGACUCCGUUUGUUGCUACCCGCACACCAUCACCACCAGAAUACUACUACAUGUAAAGAAAUAAGAUGAAUGGGAAACUAAUAUUUGUAAAUCGCAUGCAAAACACCCACGGACUAGGUUAUGUUUAGAUAAAUACAAUGGAAAAUGUUCGCUUCCCUAAGCUCUCAUCCAGACAGAUACACGUCAUAAAGCAAACAUACUUAACCGAUCAAUAGUAACUGUUACAUGGCAAAAAAAUCCGUACACAUACAGAGAACGUAACCAGAGUUUUCUAUCUAGUAAACAUUCAGCUACCGAAAACAAAAAAAAAGAUCCAGUAAGUGUACGAUUCGUUUAUGGACAAAAUCAGUAGCGAUAUUGUCACGAACAAAGUUCAGUUAUCAGUUAGGUCUAUGCAAAUUUUCACCUCCCUGUUCGUUUGGGCCUAGGAAUGAUUGUAUAAUUACCAAAAUCAUGGAACAAUCAUUAGUUGAAUCAGGUAAUGAAUUAGUUAGAAAGAUAGGACAACAUAGAAGGGUUCGCGAUAGCACAAACAACACAUUGGACGAGUUUGAUCGUGCCUGACGGUGGCAACUGGGUGGAUGGAGGGUGACAUUUUAGUCUGUUGCAAGGAAGGUAGGAUUGGUAUCGAGUAAGCAGAUUCCAUAGUGGCAGGCAAUCGUUUAGCCGGACUCGAAAAAAAUUGAAAGAUGGCCGAAAAAUCACGGAAUCACUGAAGUUUAGAAAGUAUAAGUGAUACACUCACACAUACGCAAAUAUGGAUUACUGAUGACUGUUGAUCUUGGAUUAAUUUGGAAUCCUCGGAGAAAACACUAAAUUUUUGGACUGGGAAAUCUAGAUUACUAUUUCAAUAGUCAUCUGGGAUUGUUCCGGACUGGUUGAGGUAAGGUCUGGCAUUUAUUAUGAAUAAAACGUCACUAACAAGGGACUGAUCAUAGACACUAGACUGCCUAGAAAAAUAAUGAAUUUUUAAAAGCUCCAUCGGCCCACCUCUAAGUCGAAUCCUAGUCCCACCAGAAGUACUGGCACCAAAUUUGAAGUAAAUCGGACAAGUCUUGCUACCGGACCAAACUGCCUGAAGUUUGUAUGGGAUUGUUCGACAAUUUACAUGGAGAAAUACCACUAGAUUGCAUUUUAACUGCUAGGUAGCACUGUAUUCAUCGUAUUAUAACUGCAAGCAAAAAUAAGAAAGGCAGUUUAAUUAUCGACAACUUUAGUUAAUCCGGCUUUUUAGGAAAAGUUAUUAAACUUUUAGCGAAGUGAUGUCUGAGCUAGUUUUGCCUACCCAUGCACGCUUGUGCUCUUUCCACGAACUAUAAUUUUUUGUGAAAUAGAUUGUGGUUAGAUUUAGCUGAAUAGUAUGUUUAGAAGAAUUUUAGUAUAUAUUAUUUAACUAAAAAGGUAGUUUAUGGGAAUCGAGUACUGAUGCACAACCAUGCACUGUUGAUCCCAUACAAAACUAACUCGGACAUCACUUCGUUAAAAAAAGUUUAUUUCGAUUAUAGAGGUUUCAACCUUAAGGUCAUUCGUCUCUUCGAGUUAGAAAAAUCUUAUGAAAAAUUUCUAACCCUAUGUGCGGGGUCAAGACUCGAAAUCAAGUGAGCUGCGUACAAGGCAAUCGAUUUACCAACUACGCUAUGGCCACCCCCUUUGUUAAAAGUUCAAUAUCUUCCAGUAAAAUCGGAUUGAUUUGCGUCUUCUACAAAUUUUUAAACCAUCUUAUCUUAUUUUUACUUAGUGAUAAUCUGAUACAUACAGCGCUACCUAGCGGUGAAAAUGCGAGCUACAUUACGUCUCCACACUCGACGGAAGAACUUUUCUUGAUUACAAAACACCUCUAAGUCACUCAUUAAGACGUCUGCCAGGAGAGGCAAAAGUUUGCUACCUAUGUUCAGGCUGUUUGCUUGUAGAACUUCCGUGGUAAGGUUCUGGUUCAUACAAGACUUUGAAACGGAAAGGUUGAAGACGAUCUAAGGCGUCAGCCACUGGUACAUUUUGGAAAUGAGGCCGUUAUAUCAAACGAUACCAGAAUUUCUUCUCGUCUUGUCUCAAACCCCUUCAGUUGCUCCACCAGGUCCAUGCAGUUUAUUAACUUUUUCACGAAGCCGUCUUCUCGGUGGGCGCACAAACGCUGGACGAAAUUAGACACCGCACAGACACUAGGUUUUUAGGAUUUUUUGGCAGGCAGUGAAGUGAAGGAAUCGAGCAACUUUUUGGCGGACCUCAAAGUCACACUUUGUAAUUAUUGUCUGCUCGGUAUACCUAUGAUAUAUAAUCUCCUGAAUAAGUGUUGCGUCCGUCGCCUUCAAGGACCACACAUAUUCCGUUCAAGAUUUGCGCCGUCAGUAUACAUGAAUUAGUAUAGGGACAAUUGACGGUAUCGUAUAGUAAAAUUAUACUCGAUAACCGGGGAAAUGUUUUGUCACAUAUAACAAUUUUUAGAAAACAGCUAAAAUGUUGAUUGCUAAUUUAUAUCGUGUGUAUGAGUCAUGGUGACACAUUUCGGAUCAUUUGUUCAUGAGUUGAAUAACCAGCUUUCAAUGUAUUCUACAUCUCUCUGGUUAUGUCUCAGACUUUACCCACCCAUCUUGUUGUCACACAUUACUUCAUUCGUAACAAACACUAUAGUAAUCAAAAUGUUCUUAUGACCCGUUCAGAAUGACAUGCGAUUACAACAGAUCACCUUUUUUGUAACAUAUUGUGUUAUAAAUUAGGUCUCGUUAGUAGUUAAAAUAACAGAAAUUUAUAACAAGUAACAAAGCGAGAUAUAGUUUUGAAAUAUUUCUGUUAUGUGUUUCUGAUCAGUGAUUCAUAUUUGAACGAAACGGAAACUUGAAUCGAACCGUUCAAAGUAUUCUUCCAAAGAACAUUUGUAUCCAACCACUAAAAAUAAAAUAAAUAAACUUACCAAAGUAUUAAAAUGUCAUUGAAACCGCAGCUUACAGGUCAUCUCGGUUAUGGUUAUGAUUUUGAAAGCCAAUCGAACGUAUGACAAGAAAAGAAGUAUUGACUGCAAAAAAAAACACAUUUAAAGCGUGCCUUACACGUUCUAUAUUUUUGUCAAUACACGUAUUGACGAUAUGGUUACAAUAUUUCAAUCCCAUUUAAAAUCCACAUCGUCAAUACAAUUUUUUUCCAUUACACGUACUUUUGUCAGUACUCGCUAGUAUUGCCAAAAUAUUGAACGUGUAAGGGCCGCUAAACAGUGAAAAAACAUCAUUAGGAUAAGUUAUACUUACGAUUGAAAGUUUGGAUUCCAAUUGUAAAGUGAAAUACAUGUAACGUUCCUGAGAAAUUGGGGUUCAAUAUUGGUUUCAAUUUUCUUUCAAAUCUAUUUCAAUUUUUUAGCUCCUCAUUGCGGAUGUAGUUGAGUGUAGCGGCCACUAGUUCCUGCAAACAAACAAACAUUAUUAAUUGUGCACAUUUUUCACUAUGACAUGGAUCUAGAGCAUUGUGUUGAAUUCAAAUAAAACUGAUCAAUUUCUGUAGGUAAGAAAGUCAAAUAAUCGUAAAUACGCAAGUAAAAUAGGGUCUGCACAAGUCUAACUCAAUAUGAAAGAUGUAAUAACAAACUAUCGAAUUUCACUUUAAGUAAAAUUCCCGCCAAGCACAGUUUCCAAUAGUCACUGAUAGAGAUAACUGUUCAUUUCGUUUACUAUGAACAGCUGCGCUUGGCGAGUAACCGGUUCAUCCGCAAUUUCCCCUACAAGUUGAUAUUGAUAGUUAGCUUUUACGUCCUUGCACUAAGUUAGAGCAAUUUUUUUCGAAACGCAGUUUCGAGUGAUUUCCCCUAGUAAGGUUAAUAGUUUUAUUUACCUGUUUGAAAAUAUACGCCGCCACCCCGUUGCCACCGUCAGAGCGCUGAAACAUUUCGCGUGCAAGCUUUCAGGUCAUCUCGAUUAUGGUGAUGAUGUUGAAAGCCAAUCGUACGUAUGACAAGAACAUAAGUAUUCUCUGCAAAAGAAAAACACAUAUAACAUUAAAACAAAAACUUUUUAUUAUCAGAAUAUCGCUAUCAGCACACUAAGUAGCUCACUUUUUUUUUUUUUAUUCGGAAUCCUAUAAAGAAAAGGAAAUGAUAAACAAACAAAUAUUUGCGAUACCAACAUGAAGCAUAUCACACGAUGGACAUCACGCAACCAAGUGAAACUGAAAAGUAACUACAUGAGAGAGAGGAAGAGAGAUAUAGGAAGAACUUUAAAUAGCAAACAUGCUCAUCUAAAAACAAAACAUACGCAUAUGAACAGACACGCGGCGUUUCAACGUAAGAAAAUGUAAGGUGAAUUAAAAAAAAAACUUAAAAAGUAAACAAAUAUUUUUUGAUAUAAAUUUACAAUGUCUUUAAGCCACAUUUUUAAGCGACAAUGUGGGGAAAAUAUGCCAGCCGCACUCCUUUUGUUUCUGUCCUACUUUUAGGCAUUUACUACUCAAGGUAUUAUUUUAGCCAGUAAAACUGAACUGUAAUGUCAGCAAACAAACAAAACAAAAAACAUACACAAACAAACAAACAACCGACGAACUGUGAAAAGCUUUUGCUCUAUCUUUUACCAACCGCUUGCAAUUGUUUAGAGGAAGGCAUAGCAAACGUAUGUCCCAUCGGAAAGCAAUCGAACCAAAGCGCCAGACUUGUACUUUUUCGGAGGCGAAUGCUUCUCAAUUGUAAGGCUUUUCUACAAUAACUAGCUACUAACUAAUUAGACCGACGCAGCAGCAAAUUUGCUUUGGCUUAUAGUCAAGUUUUGUGUUUCUAUCGUUAUCGUUUGGUUUUCCGUUGUUACAAACUAUACAAAAUAACGAAAGCUCACCUGAUCGGUAGUUUUUGACAAGAGACACUGCGUCAGAUAAGUUAAACCUGUUGACGGCAGUGAACAAACGAGAUACAUAUAAAAUACAACACGACAAGUAUUAAUUGUAAUGAUUGAAUGGACGGUAAUGGAGCACGAGUAGUUGUAUUUAAUAAACAAACAGAAAUUGAAUGAAAGUUUUAUAUAUGUUGAAACCCAAAGUCUCGUUAAGGUAGCCUAUGAUUAGUGAAUUUUAACUUUAAUAAUGUAAACAAUCAGUUCUGAAAGUAGGGUGAAAGGUAAGUAUGAUAGGAACAUACAUACAUACACACACGUUUUAGUGUUCACAUUUAGUUAUGGUUUUCGUUCCAACACAACAGCACCGAAUUAGUUGACGUUUUUGUAACUUUAAUAAGUGAACGAAAAAAAGAACUAAUAAAAAUCUCAAAAAAUUUGCUGAAGUAAUCUCACAAUGUUAAUAAAAUAAAUACACAAACAACAAACACUAGCUUUUGAAAAUGAUCAGCUGAAUUCAUGUUACGAACGCCAGCUUGUUUCCGUUUUUUUCUCCAUCACAGCAGGCCAGCUGGAAACAUCACUUUUUGACAGCUGCUCUGCCGUCGCGUUAGUCAUAUUUUUUUCUGCUCACGUACUGUUGAUUGGUUUUGUUUCGUUCACGUUUUGAACCAAUUCGAUUUCGAGAGUGUGCUUGAAGUGCUCUCUCCCGUAACAACAACAAAGCAGCGUUUGUUCUAGAACAAGAAAGUGGUUCAUGACUUACUAAUGGAAUUAAAUAAAAUUAAUAUUGUCACUGCAAUAUAAACCCAACUAAAUAGAAAAAAAAUUGUAAUCGAAGAGAAGAUACAAAAUCGCUAGAAUAAAAAAUUGCAAAAUCAUUGAAUAUACACACAAAAUAAUCACCAUGAAAAAAAGUCGAACGCCCUGUUAGAAACUGAUAAAGUUGAUCCUAGUCAAAAAAACGAAACCGUUUCGUUCGACCAUUCGAUCGUGUAACAGAAUCAUUCGUGUAGUUGUACUUUAAAACACAAGAAAACUAAUUGUUGAUCCUCUCCAAUCCUUUAACGAAAUCAAAGAAGAAAAACCUAAUUCUUUUCACUGUUUCUGUUUUUUCUAUAAGAAAAUGUGAGAUAUUUACUACGAAACGCGCCAUUCAUUGUUAAUUAUUUAUCCAAACCAAAAAACGCUAACGAAAAUCAAACAACCUUCCCAACUUUUAGUCCUUCUAGUUCGAAGAAUAAGAAAAGCGAGCGAAAAAAUAGUCUAAUGUAAUCAUGAACAAACUUACAUUCAUAGCGAAAUGAGUUUCAUCAUCGUAUAUAGACAUAAAAAAUAGCGAAACAACUACCACACGAAAUAAACGUAAGAUAGUGAAAAUAAUUUCCAAUGUCUAAAUCCCCUGACUUCUUCGACUUUAUACAAACCCCCUCCAAACCCGCAUCCAUCGCUCCAACCUUGUAUGAACUAUAACUAAAUCUUCUUACUUUCGCACUCACACAAAUAGAGUCACACCCCGCAGCGUUAAAAAACAGCCCCCCGUUCGCCCGUCAAAAUUAACUAAACACAAGAGAGAUGCAAAACGAAACAAACAGUUCAGUGUUCCCAUUCCCGUUAACAUCAAAAUCACCAUAAAAUUGCAAAAUCUACAGAAUACUUCAAACAACGGGUAAUACACAACUAACAUUUUACUCCAGCAGCGAAUUAUUACUGUUAGUCGUGGUUUGAAAUACACUGAAAAAAAAAAACAAAAAUAGGCGAAUCAAACUGUUCGUUAGUAGCAGGUGAAGAAUCAGAAAUACUCGGAUUGCCAUCACUGCCACAAUUAAAAGGAAAGCAAAUAAACACGUUAAACGUAAUAAGAUCGAACGAGACAUAUGGUACGGAAACGAGAGAAAAACAUAAAACUAAGCGAAUAAAAUCAUCAUCUCUCAUUGUGUGAGGGCGAACGUAUUUUGGGUGUCUGAAUGGCUCUACCAUUUGAUGGUGUAAUCAUGUAUAAAGAAUUGUAUAAUGUAGCAGCAACAACAACAACAUCUACAAAGACACAAUUGUAAACAGGGGACAUUCGGAACCGCACAUGCAUCAUCUCACAGACACAUACCCAAACACACACACACACACGUAGCGCCGACUCGAACACAUAUACAUAUACAAAAGCCAGUGCAUAUACACCAUUCAGCAGUCGAACAUCACCAAGUGAAGGGCACUUUUUGAUUGACAGAAAAGAAACAAAAAAAACUACACAAUCCUGGGAAGAAAAACAACGCAAAAAAACAGAAGAACACUAGGAAUAAACAAAAAAAAUGUCAAACGCUGCGACGCGGAAAGAUUGAAAAAAAAAACGGAAGAAGAAAAUCUACUAAUAAUUAUUAUAAAGAAAAUAAUGGAUAAAAUAUUAAAAAUAUGAAUAAUGAUAUGUUAUGAAUAUAUUAUAUAUAUAAAUAUAUACAUGAUAAAUAUUAAA